CUACACUCCACCCUACCCAAAUUCAACCUAAACCCAAAACUCUCUCUCUCUCUCUCUCUCUCUUGUCAGAGAAGCCUGGUAAAAGUUUUUGAUACUUUCCUGAGCUUGAGAGAGAGGGGAAGAGGAGAUGAAGAACAAUGAAGAUCAAGCAAGGUCCUUGUUCGGGAUUUCGUUGUCUGAUCGACCCAUAUGGCAACAGUUCCUCAUCUGCUCCUCUGGUUUCUUCUUCGGUUACCUCGUCAAUGGCAUUUGCGAGGAGUAUGUGUAUAAUAGGCUCCAGUUCAGCUAUGGGUGGUAUUUUACCUUUAUACAAGGUUUUGUGUACUUAGUACUCAUACGUUUGCAGGGUUUCACCAUGAAGCAAAUGGUGAACCCUUGGAAAACCUAUGUGAAGCUCUCUGCUGUUCUUAUGGGUUCUCAUGGAUUAACAAAGGGUUCCCUAGCAUAUCUUAACUACCCUGCACAGAUCAUGUUCAAAUCCACUAAGGUACUGCCUGUAAUGAUAAUGGGUGCUUUUAUUCCCGGCUUAAGAAGGAAAUACCCUCUUCAAGAAUACAUCUCGGCAGUGCUCCUAGUUGUUGGCUUGAUUCUUUUCACUCUAUCAGAUGCCAACACUUCUCCAAAUUUCAGUAUCAUUGGCGUCAUGAUGAUUAGUGGUGCUCUAGUCAUGGAUUCUUUUCUGGGUAAUUUGCAAGAAGCAAUAUUUACACUGAAUCCUGAAACUACUCAGAUGGAGAUGCUAUUCUGCUCAACUAUAGUUGGGGCACCUUUCCUCCUUCUGCCCAUGAUAUUAACUGGAGAGCUUUUCACGGCUUGGAACUCCUGUUAUCAGCAUCCUUAUGUAUAUGGCGUCUUGGUUUUUGAAGCAAUGGCCACGUUUAUAGGUCAAAUUUCUGUUCUGUCACUUAUAGCUAUUUUUGGGGCUGCCACAACUGCAAUGGUAACAACAGCAAGAAAGGCGGUUACUUUGUUGUUGUCCUACUUGAUCUUUACAAAACCACUUACUGAGGAACAUUGCUCGGGAUUGCUGCUCAUAACCAUGGGCAUUAUAUUGAAGCUCUUGCCCGAAACAAAACCUUCAGGCCGACCCAUGUCAUCUGGCGCCAUAAACAAGCAAGGAAAACAUCAUCUCAAAGAGCUGAAGCGGGCAUCAUCAGAAACCGGCGAGGGUGAAAUAGAGGAAGAGAAGAGGCCAUUGGUCUAAGAAGUAAAGCUCUAUGGUUUUGUUUGGGUAUAAAAUGUUUUCAUUGACAUGUGAUUUUUAGAUUCUAUUAAAUUUGUAGCUCACAUUCUCUUUGUACCUUAUACAAUAACAAAUAAGCAAACUGGCUUGUAAUCUAGGCAAAAAAAUUUUCACCAUGACAGUGUAUGUCAAAGUUUGAUGUGAGGUGGGCCUAUUGAGCUCUGAUUAAAAAGUUGUAUAGAUAUUUUCAUUAGGAUCCCCACCGUUUGGGCAAAUUAUAUCAUAGAUCAUGGUCCACCUCGCAUUGUGGAGGUAGACUCUAUUUCAAAA